GGGUUCAGUCCCCAGUUCUUAAGGAGAAAAAAAAAAGAAGGUCACGAGGUCAGGGAGUGACGCAGAGAUGGGGAGGGUCACAUGUCAGAGCACAGGUCAGCCUGCAGCAGGGCCCCAGGCGCGGCCCAGCACCACCAGUGAAAAGUGAAAAAUGUGGAGAGUUGAGCAAGUAGCCCGAGGGCUCCGCCCUGCUCUCUCCCUCCAUCAGGCCCUCCUGGGGCUGACAGCCACCCAGCUGCCACCCAGCUUCUGCGUCCAAAAGUGCCGGUGUGCUCCCCGACCAGCUGGAGUGGAAACGUCAGGUGUGAGCUCCAGGACUUGCUCCACCCCUGGUCAGAGUCUCCUGAGAGGUCAACCCAAUCCCAGGGUGAAAGACCUCAGGGGGCGUUUCCAACUUUCCCCUUGCCCCGGGAUGGAGUGCGGAGGAGAGAGACCUCAUUCACCCUCAGCUGACUUGGCCGUCAGUGCACACGGCAGUGACUCAGGAAAGACCAGCGGGCCCCAGGAGGACGGAGGGAGAAGACGUGACAGUUGUGACAAGUUCCCUCGUGUUCUUGUCUUGCUUGUCUUCCUGAGCUGCCCAGCAUCUCUGUUAUCAUGUGGACUCAAAGUGCCGUUCAAGACAGAAGCUUGGGUCAUGAAUUCUAGAUCCUUCUUUUUUUUCCUAAAAGAUGUAUUAGCUGACAUAAGCUUCUCGAGCUCCUCUAACGUUCCCUUCCACGCUGACACGGACAACCGGUGGCAGGGCAUCGAAGCACAAGAGCCAGACAUCUGGUCACGUUCUCGAGAUUAGAUGGCUCAGAGCAGACGAGGUGCUGGGAAAGGCCACGUUUCCUUGCACCAGGCACACGCCCAGAGAGGUCAAGGUACCAGCUGACAGCCGGACCAGCUGGUGCCCACCGCCCCGCAACACGAGCUGAUGACGAUUGGCCCCAUGGAGGUCGAAUCUCGGUUUUCCAGCCUUACGCGGCCUCAGCCUUUGAGAGCCGCCUUUGCCCUCCUUCUCCUUCCCUGGUCUCGAUGUUCAUUGCUUCCCAUGGUUUGUGAUCCCAAGUUGUGUUUAUUUUGUUUUUUUCCUUAAAAUGUGAUAGCCCCCUGGGUCCUGGCCCCUGCCUCUAGCUGUCUUAUUUGGACAGUCUCCUUGUUUCUGGUUUUCUGUGCCCUUCACUCAUCCUGUCCAUCACCACCAGGUUGGGGGCCCUUUUGCAGAUGUCACCGCUCUGCUCAGCAGUCUUUACGACCUGUCACUGCCUGCAAACCCACGUCUGAGGUUCAAGUCUAAAACCUGCCCCGGUUCUCUCCUGAAGCCGCCUUGCCAGGUCUACCCAGGGGUCCGCUGUGACACCUCUGUGCUGACUUUGGAGCUGGCUCUUGACCUGUAAUGUCCUCCAGUGUCCCCUCUGCACCUAAUGAACUCCUGCCUGACCUGAGGCCUCUCUGACCCCACCAACCACCACCUGGCUUUGUGGGUCCCUCAGGCUUAGUGCCCUGCUGCCCCUGCUCCGACGCCAGCUCGUCCACAAAGCACCCCCGUCCUCCCAGCCAGGAGGGACCCCUGCCCCUUGACCUUCCCAGCGCCUUCGUCACUGCUCCUAAAACAGGUCACAAACUACCUGAUUUUAUAGCUAUUUCCUUGUUAGAUUAUAAGUUUCCUGGUCCUGGCUGGUCUUACUCAUCCACAGCACCCAGCACAGCCGACUGUCAACACCUAUCUCCUGGGUGUAUACAUACGGCAGUCACAGGGCCUGUCCCAGCAAGAACCCCGACCCACGGAGAGGCCACCUCUAAUGUGCCCGCCCCUUAGUCGGUGGGGACACCAUCAUCCUGAGUCUUCCAGAAAGAUCCACCUUGGUUCACCUCCUUCUUCACCCAAAGAGAUGCCGCAGUAGAUGCCAUUUCAAGGCACCGUUUGACUAAUUAAUGUGUAAGAAGGAGAAUAGAUGAUAGCACAUAUGUCAUUAUACCUGAAAUCGAACCUGGUUAGAGAUCGGCCUUCUGGCCUUCCCAACAUGCUGCUCAGAAGCACAGAAUAUGUAAAGUGGGGGCUGGGGUGUAGCUCAUGAUAGAGCGCUCGCCUGGCACGUAUGAGGCCCUGGGUGGUUCGA